GCGAACUCGAUUACCGCAAGCAAACCUCUUCCCUUUCUUCCUCCUUACCCCGUCUCUCUCUCUCUCCCUCCCUACCUCUCGCCGCCUCCGCCGACCUCGAUUCCUAAACCCUACCUCGCCGCCGCGGGGGGGAUCGCCUCUCGCCAUGCCGCCGCCGCGCGAGGACGCCAACGGCGCGAACGACUCCUCCGCCUCCGCUUCGGACCCCGCCCAGCCUCCGCCGCCGCAGCAGCAGCCGCCCAAGGGCAAGGCGAAGAAGAAGGAUGAGAAGAAGGACGACGACCUGUCGGAGGAGGACCAGGCGCUCAAGGAGCAGCUCGAGCUCUACGUGGUGCGGGCGCAGGACCCCGAUCCCGGCGUCCAGAAGCUCGCCCUCGAGAGCAUGAGGAAGGAGAUUCGUAGUGCGACAAGUUCAAUGACCUCUGUCCCAAAGCCUCUCAAAUUCCUUCGCCCACACUAUGGAACUCUCAAGGCUUACUUUGAGACAAUGCCAAAAUCUGAUUUGAAGAAGUAUAUGGCUGAUAUUCUUUCAGUACUGGCCCUCACAAUGUCUGCUGAAGGAGAAAGAGAGAGCCUCAAGUACCGAAUGAUAGGCUCUGAAGGUGAUAUUGGUUCAUGGGGUCAUGAAUAUGUGAGAAAUUUGGCUGGUGAAAUUGCACAAGAAUUCCAGAAGCGCCAGGAUGAUGAAACGCCAACUGAUUCCCUGACGGAACUGGUGCAGCAAAUUGUUUCAUUCCACAUGAAGCACAACGCUGAACCUGAAGCUGUGGAUCUUCUAAUGGAGGUUGAAAACCUUGAUUUGCUAGUUAAGCAUGUUGACUCCACGAAUUACAAAAGGACCUGCUUGUACCUCACUAGUUCUUCUAAAUAUCUUCCUGCGCCUGAUGACACGUUGGCACUUAGAAUAGCUUAUGACAUUUACGUGAAAUUUGGAGAUUUUGCAAAUGCUUUGCGUAUUUCUCUUCUGCUUGACAACAAGUCCCUUGUGAAGGAGAUUUUUACAGCAACCAAUGAUUUUCACCUGAAGGAGCAAUUUGCGUAUAUCAUAGCACGCCAUGGUUUAUGCACCGAGGUUGCUGAUGACAUAGCUGCAGAUGAAAAUGAGAAGGAAGCUUUGGAGGAAAUAAUUAAUAAUACUAAACUGAGUGAGGGUUACCUUACACUUGCACGAGAUAUUGAGGUCAUGGAGCCAAAAUCUCCAGAAGACAUAUAUAAGGUUCAUCUAAUUGAUGGCCGAGGGGCUACAAGCUCUAGUCUUGAUUCAGCAAGACAGAAUCUGGCGGCAACAUUUGUCAAUGCGUUCGUGAAUGCUGGAUUUGGCCAGGAUAAACUCAUGACCGCACCAUCAGAUUCUUCAGGCAGUGGUUCUUCUGGAAACUGGCUAUUCAAGAACAAGGACCACGGGAAAGCUAGUGCAGCUGCUAGCCUGGGAAUGAUUCUUCUAUGGGAUUCUGAUUCAGGACUUGCUCAACUUGACAAGUACCUGCACAGCAAUGAUAUCCAUGUUGUUGCCGGGGCUUUGCUAGGUAUUGGAAUUGUUUCUUGUGGUGUGAAGAGUGAAUGUGAUCCGGCAUAUGCUCUUAUUUCUGAGUAUUUCAGCAGGGAUGAUUCAAUUAUUCGAAUUGGAGCAAUCCUUGGUCUUGGUAUCGCUUAUGCUGGCUCCCAGAAAGAGGAGAUUAGAGAGAAGCUCACACAUUUUCUGAGUGACUCCCAAGUACCUCUGGAGGUCUUGGUCUUUUCUGCCAUCUCCUUAGGUUUGGUGUUCGUUGGCUCCUGUAAUGAAGAGGUUGCACAAACAAUCAUAUGUGUCUUAAUGGAUCGUAGUGAAGCAGAGCUUGCAGAAGCAAUUACACGCUUGCUUCCUGUUGCCCUUGGCCUUCUAUAUCUUGGAAAGCAGGAAAGUGUGGAGGCGACUGCAGAGGUUUCUAAAACCUUUGAUGAGAAGAUAAGAAAUUAUUGUGACGUGACACUGAUGUCGCUGGCAUAUGCUGGGACAGGGAAUGUGCUUAAGGUUCAAAAACUCCUUGGCAUUUGUUCUGAGCAUCUUGAGAAAGGUGAAACCCACCAAGGGCCAGCAGUUCUUGGGAUCUCUCUAAUUGCCAUGGCUGAAGAGUUAGGGGUGGAAAUGGCUGUACGUUCCCUUGAGCGUCUUUUACAGUAUGGUGAGCAGAAUAUUAGAAGGGCGGUUCCUCUAGCUCUGGGCUUGCUUUGCAUAUCCAAUCCAAAGGUAAAUGUUAUGGACACAAUGAGCAGACUGAGCCAUGAUGCAGAUGCGGAAGUUUCUAUGGCUGCAAUCAUCUCCCUGGGCUUGAUAGGGGCUGGUACAAACAAUGCCCGUUUAGCUGGGAUGCUUCGGAACCUGUCAAGUUAUUAUUACAAAGAAGCAGGACAUCUGUUUUGUGUGAGGAUUGCUCAAGGUCUAGUUCACCUUGGGAAGGGUUUGCUGACCCUCUCGCCGUACCACUCUGACCGCUUCCUUCUGUCCCCCAUCGCACUUGCUGGUCUUGUGACUGUUCUGCAUGCCUGUCUUGACAUGAAAUCCAUCAUUCUCGGGAAGUACCAUUACGUGCUUUAUAUCCUUGCCCUAGCUAUGCAGCCUAGGAUGCUAUUGACCGUGGAUGAGGAUCUCAAGCUCCUCUCUGUCCCAGUUCGUGUUGGUCAAGCGGUUGACGUUGUUGGUCAGGCGGGUAGGCCGAAGACAAUCACUGGAUUCCAGACACAUUCCACGCCCGUAUUACUUGCUGCAGGGGAGCGAGCAGAGCUAGCAACUGAAAAAUACCUUCCACUGACACCAGUUCUUGAGGGUUUUGUGAUCCUAAGGAAGAACCCAGAGUAUCAUGAAGAUUAAGGGAUAGAUGUGGCACAAACCAAGGCUGGAAGAACCUGGAGCACCAUGAAGAGGCUUGGAUCAAUAUCUAAUUGUCACGCAAGCGAGAUACAAAUAGCACGGCGAAGAGGAUGCAUAUAUCAAAUGCUUAGGGCUGAGUUGUAACAGAGUUCAGGUUGUAAUGGACCAACAUGACAGGAGAACUUUGUAAGAACUAGGAAUACAAUAGGUGGGGAGUGGGGUGUAAUACUGUAAUGCAAUGGCCGAAAACGUUUUUGACUCGCUAGACCAGAAUGAAAUGACCCGAUUUUCUUGCCACGAGCAUGUAUGUAUUCUAGUGCCUUUAUGCAUGACUA